UCUUAUAUGUCCCUCUCCCCUCAGGUGCCUGAGCUGGAGAAAGCCACUGUCCGGAUGAAAGAUGCCGAACACGUGAAAAAGGUUCUCUCAAGGCUCAGAAAAGGGGGAGCCAACCAACUUCAGGUCAUUUCUGAUUUUGACAUGACUCUAACUCGGUUUGGGUUCAACGGACAGCGCUGCCCCACCUCUCACAAUAUUAUAGAUAACAGCCGGGUCAUCAGUGAAGAAGGCAAGAAAAAGCUAAAAGAUCUGCUCCACUAUUACUAUCCGAUUGAAAUCGACCCCUACCGGACUGUGGAGGAUAAGCUGCCCCACAUGGUAGAAUGGUGGACAAAGGCCCACAAUCUCUUGUCUCAGCAGAAGAUUCUGAAAAGCGACAUCGCUCAGAUGGUGAAAGAGUCGGACGUCAUGCUCAGAGAUGGGGUCAGCGUUUUCUUCAAUCAGCUGUACCAGAGCCGGGUUCCCCUGUUCAUCUUCUCUGCCGGUGUGGGUGACGUGCUGGAGGAGAUCAUCCGCCAGGCGGGUGUGUUCCAUCCCAACGUUCACGUGGUCUCCAACUACAUGGACUUUGAUGACCAAGGAGUCCUGAGGGGUUUCAAAGAGCCCUUGAUUCACACCUACAACAAGAACAACACCGUGUUGGAGAACACGGAGUAUUUCCAGCAGCUCUGCUCGAGGACCAACAUCUUACUUCUCGGGGACUCCAUGGGUGACCUCAGCAUGGGCGAUGGGGUUGCUGACGUGGAGAAUAUCCUCCGAGUCGGCUUCCUGAAUGACAAGGUAGAGGAACGGCGAGAAAAGUACAUUGAGGCCUACGAUGUUGUGUUGGAGAAGGACGAGACGCUGGAUGUGGUCAACGGCAUUCUCCAGUUCAUCGUGGCCAAAACCUGAAUUUUGCAGCCCAAGGCCCUCCUAAAGACAACACUGCCUCUUGUGGAGGAUAGAUAUGAUGUGUACGUGUGUGUGUGUGUGAGUGAGAGAAAGAGAGUGGAUCCCUAAGUUUGCUUCUCUCUCUUAAUGUCUCACAGAUCUACACCCUACUUUCAGAACUGUAGAAUCAAUGCUGGGGCAAGUGGAGGAAUAUCCUAUUUCUUCAACCACUGUGCUCUCCAUUAAAGUUGAAUCCCAGUUUCGAGGCAUUGAGCUGGGGCUGAAAGGUUUCCAGGCCAGGCCGGGAUUCCCCCACCCCGGAGGUUCCCAACCAUCCCCCGAUAUCGUCACAGUGACAUCGCAACGUUGGGCGCUGGCCGCUCUAGGAGCUUCCAGGGAAACUCUAUGGUUUUCCGAGAUGCUCCAGCAAUUUGGGAGGGGAAACUCUAUGUACCAUAGAGUUUUCCCUCCCAAACUGCUAGAGCGUCCAGGAAAACCAUAGAGUUUUCCCAGAAGCUGCUAGAGCAGCUGGCACACAAUGUCACCGGUGUAAUGUCACUGCGAGUAACUUCAUCAUGCCAUGCGCAAACAGUCCCCCGCUGGAGGCUGCAGGGGACUUGGCAACCCUAUGUUGAGCAGUCGGGCAUACCGCAUUUCAUUGUAUUUAUCUGUUCUCAGAAGGGAACCAGCCGCGUUUAAACUGCAGUUUGUACUAACGCUGGCUCUCUAGUAACCAUUUUAGAGUUGAGCACUCAGUGAUGCCCAGUUUGUGGUAUGUCAGUUGUCUGGCCCGGUCCUUACGUACACAAAGCUAGGCUGUUUGCACGCCCAUUCGAUUUGCACUGUGGUCGGGCCCAUGGUCGUGGUGUUAUGCAGCCAAUGAGCAUUCAGUGCACUGAAUUUAAAGCAAAUUCUUACAAAAAGCCAAUGCGUGUUUGCAGUCUGUUCUCCGCAGAUAAGUGAAUGCCAUUGGGCUCCUCCGUAGCCACGUGACUCUCAGUGCGUGCAUGUCUUUCUUGGCUUCCUCAUCAGAUCUCCGCUUCCAUUCGAUAUUUUUUUCCUUGCAUCAUUUCAGUUACGCAGCAAAAAUGGCCCACGACUUGGUCUGCUCUACAGAAUUGUAUCAUACUACUACUCCCCUCUCUAUUUUUGACCAUAUAUUGCUCUUUAGCUUCCUAAAUGCAAUGGAAGACAUUAAAAAAGGGAAAUAACCCUGAGAAAAAUCAAUUUAAAGAUUCAUUCUCAGACUUUUAUGGGAUAUCUUUUGCACAGUACUCUGGUUUCACAAAAGGGAUUUGUUUUCCAAAGCAAAUUUUAAAAUACGUUUUUGGGAGGGUCUUGGAAUCCAAACAAGUUAACCUGUUUUAUUCUCAAGAAGGAUAAAGACAAUAAAAGACUUAUUGUUUUGAAAAAAA